AUGGCAGGCGAGACGGCGGGGGUGGGGCUCUUUUUCCAGCAGGACGCCCAAGGGACCAUCUUUGUGGCUUCCUUGACACCUGGAGCUGCGGCAGAUCGAACUGGAGUGAUCCAGAAGGGAGACAUCGUUCUGAAAGUUGAUGACGUCACGGUGACUGGAAUGAGUCUGGCCAAAGUCAGAGACUAUGUCAUCGAGAAGAACAACGAUUAUGCGGCUCAGAAAGACAAGCUCUCUCAGCUGUUACAGAGGAAUCAGAUUGAAGAUCCACGAGUGAAGGAGCUAGCGAACGAGCUCAAGUCAAGAUCAGAGGAUCUCCGACAGCUCCAAGAGACACGGAUUCGGACCAAGGAGCGGCAGACAGACGCUGAAAGGAGGAGAAUGGAGACGCAGACCCGUCUCGAGAGGGAGUGUGCGGAGAAGCUGAACAUCGAAUCCCGACUAAGGACCGUCAAGAACGAGAGCGCGGAUUUCGAAAGAGCAUUCGAAGAAGAAUUUGCACUGUGGAGAAAUGUCCAAGAGAAACUGAAGCACGAUGUCGAAAUCGAGGUCUCCUCCAAGCAAUUAGCCGAAGAGGCGCUUUCACAGGCAUUCUCAGCAUGUGGAGAGCAGACUCAUCUUUCUAACGAGAUGUUGGACCUGAGGCUCAAGGAGCAACGCAUCUCGCGCUGUCUCUCCAACGUGCAUGAUGCUCUCGAUAAGGCAUCGAGACUGAACGAUGUCGUCGAUCAAGAGCUCCAUGCCUACACUCCUGCUCUUGACGCAGCGCAAGGAUGGUUCUUGAACGAGCUAGUCACUACCCUGAGGAAUUUGUCCUUUGGCAACAUGCCUGAUAAUACUCGAUCGACUUCACAGACUGUCACAGGAAACACACAGCUCAACAUGCCAGGGAUGCCGCCACAGCAGCAGAAUGUGAUCCCAGCACCAAGAACGCCGAGGAGUCCGAUGCACAACACAGAAGCCAAUGCUGACAUCGACAUCGACAGCCUUGUGAUGAAGUACGGACUGAACUUCGACGAUCAUGGUUAUGCCCCGCCGAAGCCUCCUGCAACUCCUCCUCGUCCCAAAGACCUGGAGGUGUUGGCCUAA